AAUUAAACUGUGAAUUUACUUUACAGCUUUGGAAAAGAUGAGCCAUUACUCCAUUCUUCUAGUCUUCUUCUUGACUUGUUCCUGCUUUACUGCUCACGCUAAGAGAAAUGUUCUCUUAAUGGUUGCAGAUGAUGAAGGCCUUGAGACACCGAUCUAUGGAAACAAUCGCAUUAAGACACCAAACCUCCAAAGGCUAGCCCAGAGGAGCUUAGUCUUUAAUCAUGCCUUUACUUCUGUAAGCAGCUGCUCUCCAAGUCGCUCUUGCAUUAUGACAGGUCUACCACAGCAUCAGAAUGGGAUGUAUGGGCUGGAGCAUGCAAUCCAUCACUUCUCAUCGUUUGAUGGGAUCAUGAGCUUACCUCGCAUACUCAACAAAACCGAAAAGUACUGGACUGGGAUAAUAGGCAAGAAGCAUGUGGCACCAGAGUCUGUCUAUCCUUAUGCAUACUCCUUCACUGAGCAAGAUGGCUAUAACUUAAAUCAAGUUGGUCGGAACAUUACUCUCAUGAAAGAGCUUGCAAGAGACUUCUUGGCUCAAGCUCAAAAGUCUGAUUUGCCUUUCUUUCUAUACAUAGGGUUCUUUGAUGCACACAGAGGCUGUGAUGGCUUUUGUGAGAACUUUGGUGACGGUAGCAAAGGAAAUGGUGUGAUACCAGAUUGGACCCCAACUGUCUAUGAUCCAGAUGAUGUCGAAGUUCCUUAUUUCAUCCCAGAUACCCCAGUUGCAAGGAAGGACAUUGCCAAUCAAUACAAAACCAUCAGUAGGUUGGAUCAAGGUGUAGGCCUGAUGCUUGAUGCAUUGAAAGACUUUGGAUUUGACGACGAUACACUCAUUCUCUACAUCUCUGACAACGGUACUCCAUUCCCCAACGCAAAGACAAACCUGUACGAGUCCGGAAUGGUGGAACCAAUGAUGAUAUCAAACCCCGAGGACAAGUCUCGCUGGGGGAAGACCAGUGACGCUCUAGUAAGUAGUACUAACAUUGUACCAACAGUCUUAGACUGGUUUGGGCUCAAGUAUCCAGACUAUACAGUAUUUGGUCCUAAUCCUACAAGACUGGAAACUGAGUCCUUACUACCUGUAACUGCUAGCGAGCCCACUAAAGGUUGGGACACUGUUUUUGCAAGUCACGAUUUCCAUGAGGUGACUAUGUACUACCCCAUGAGGGUAAUGCGGACCAAAGACUUUAGGCUCAUUCAUAAUCUCAACUUUGCCAUGCCGUAUCCACUAGCCACUGAUCUCUACUCCAGCAUCACGUACUUGGACUUGCUCUCAAAUGUAGCAGCUAACAAGAGCACUCACUGGUUCAAGACUUUGCACCAGUACUACUACAGGGAUCAGUAUGAGCUAUUCGAUAUUAAGAAUGAUCCUCACGAGCUUAAGAAUUUAGCAACAGACCCAGAGUAUGCUUCAGUAUUUGAGGAAAUGAAAUCCAACUUGACGGAAUGGAGGAGAAUCACUGAUGAUCCGUGGCUAUGCUGGCCUUCAGGGGUGCUACUGGGAAGCAAAUGCAAUCCACUCUACAACGGACUCUAAUAGUAAAUUAUUGCCGCAUUUUCCUGCUAUAGCGACAGCUGCUUAGAGUGUGAAGCUGUAAUGCCACCCAACUGCUGCUGAAAUGCUAAAAGUUUAAAAUUAAAAAUAAUAAUCAUUAUUUUUAAAAAAUAAAUAAAUAAUUAUAA